AUGGCAAGUGGAGCGACCUCAUCGGCCAGAGAGACGUUGUCUCUACCCACAGCCUCGCACCCGGGCGGAUCCAGCUCCGGUUCAAAUGUUCUGGAUCGCGUCUCCUCACUUGCUGGAGGACUCAAGAAGAGGAUGUCACGCAGCUCUGCCGCCCUGAGCCAUCAGCACACCCCGGAAUGGUGGAAGAUCCGUAUCUUUCAGGGCAUGAUCCACGACAUCCGCCGUCGAGCUCCGUUUUAUUGGAGUGAUUGGGUAGAUGCUUGGGAUUAUCGAGUUGUGCCUGCUACUGUGUACAUGUACUUUGCCAAUAUCCUACCUGCCUUGGCUUUCUCCCUCGACAUGUUCACGAAGACUCACAUGCAGUAUGGUGUCAACGAGGUACUUCUCGCCUCUGUACUUGGCUCAGUUGUCUUCUCGUUUCUGGCUUGCCAGCCACUUGUGAUUGUUGGAGUCACGGGUCCCAUCACUGUGUUCAAUUACACUGUUUUCGAUAUCAUGAAUCCUACUGGGACAAACUACUUGGCUUUUAUGUGCUGGAUUGGCCUAUGGUCUCUGGUUUUGCACUGGAUUCUCGCCAUAACAAACUCUUGCAACUGGCUGCGAUACGUCACGCGGUUUCCGUGUGAUAUCUUUGGGUUCUACGUUGCCUUUAUCUAUCUCCAGAAAGGCAUUCAAGUUCUGACUAGGCUUGGCUCCGAAGAGCCAUUCUACCUGUCUAUCAUGAUCUCUCUUCUGGUCUUCAUGGUGGCGUACAUCUGCGGAGAACUGGGCAAGAGCAGUCUUUUCCAUCACCAUGUCCGGGUUUUCCUAAAGGACUACGGUACUCCCCUCACCGUCGUGUUCUUCUCCGGUUUCGUUCAUAUUGGAAGAAUGAGCAACGUUCCCCUGGAGAAUCUCCCAACAAGCACGUCUUUCUUCCCCACCGCAGAUAGGGGCUGGUUCAUCCAUUUCUGGGAUAUUAGAGUGUCUGACAUCUUUCUUGCUAUUCCCUUUGCGAUACUGCUCACUAUCCUGUUCUGGUUCGACCACAACGUAUCGUCAUUAAUAGCACAGGGAACUGAGUUUCCUUUGAAGAAGCCCGCAGGCUUUCACUGGGAUCUCUUCCUUCUCGGCCUUACAACCGGAGUGGCGGGCCUUUUGGGUCUGCCCUUCCCUAACGGACUCAUCCCUCAAGCUCCGUUUCACACUGAAUCGCUCUGCGUGACCAAGGUUGUCCUCGACGCGGACGAAGGUGGAGAGAACAAGGGCCACUACGAGUUCAAGGCGACCCAUGUCGUGGAGCAGCGCGUGUCCAAUUUGGCCCAAGGGCUUCUCACUCUUGGCACCAUGUCUGGACCGCUCCUGGUUGUCCUCCAUCUCAUCCCUCAGGGCGUUCUGGCAGGACUCUUCUUCAUCAUGGGCUUCCAAGCCCUUGAGGCCAACGGCAUAACAGCGAAGAUCCUCUUCUUGCUGCGAGAUGUGUCACUCACGCCUGGUGGCCACCCGCUCAAACAAAUACCUCGGCGCCCAGCGGUCUGGCUCUUUGUUGGCGUGGAGCUAAUAGGUUUCGGCGCCACGUUUGCAAUUACGCAGACCGUCGCAGCCGUUGGCUUUCCCAUCUUCAUUUUGCUUCUCAUACCCGUGCGGGCAAUGCUGCUUCCGCGUUGGUUCACGCCGCAAGAGCUGUCAAUUCUCGACGGACCUACCGCCAGCCCCUUUACUAUGGAGAGUGUUGGUGGGACGUAUGGUGGCGAAGACGUGUUGGAUGCAAAUGACAAUUCACCCGAGGACACAGACAACGGUAAGGGCGGUGUGGAGAGCAGCGGGGGUCUGUUUCGAAGCGGCGAGAACACGGCGAUGGGUAGCGAGGCACCCUCGGUCAGGGGUGAUCAGUACGGUAGGAGGAGCGAAGAGGACCUGGCGGAGCUCGGUGAGAACCGAGGAACAACAUCGACAUCGGGUGGGACGAGGAGGAGGAAUAGUGCGGUUGGUCGAGAUAGAAGGGAUGAUGAUGGUGAGGCGAUAGAGAUGAAUAGACUACCGGUCAAUAGACGAGUCGAGGCUUAA